AAAAAUCCAGGCCGUGUUUUCCGGGUGUGCGGGUUGUGGCGCGGAUGUAAAAACAAAAGGAAAUAGGCCAUGAUGGUAUAAAGAAUAUGUGGAGUCCAAACGUAAUAUGAAAUAUUUGUUCGUGACUUUCAAGGAGACAUUAAAUACAACAUUUUUGUUUUAAAACUGUUCUGGGUGAGAUUACUUAGUCACGACCGCGAUUUAAAAUGCAGUGACUUGAAGCUUAUGGCGAAGGCACGGGAAAGUCAGACUUGUGUUGAGGCCGCCCCCUCUUCCCGAGAGCAGUAGGGGUCCAGUCAAGGCCCCAGGAAACGAUGUACCGUGGUGGGGAGAGGGACUUCCAGACUUCAGCCAGAAGGAUGGGCACCUCCCUGCUGUUCCAGUUGUCGGUUCACGAACGAGAGCUGGACCUGGUGUUCCUGGACCACAGCUACGCAAAGCCAUGGAACGCACACCCAGACGCGAGCAGUGCCCGACCCACACGCAUGCUGUUCGUCACGCCCCGCAGACAGCAGGACACCACUGGCGAGACGGACAUGUCCAUCGACGUGGAGACGGUAACGGCCACACCCAUGCCGCUUUACGACAACCAGAAGGCGCGCAGCGUGAUGAAUGAGUGCGAGAGGCACGUCCUGUUCGCCCGGACCGCUGCCGACGCUCCCCCGCCCCCAGACGACUGGGAAGAACACAUCAACAAGGCAGGAUGGUCCAUGGCUCAGAACAAGCUGUUCAACAAGGUCCUGAAGGCUCUGCAGGCUGAGCGCCUGGCCCGCCUAGCCAAUGAGAGCGCCUGCAACGAGCCGGUGAUGCGACGCAUCGCCGUGGACAAGUGCGCACGGAAAGUGCGUCACGCGCUGGCCGGAGUGAGCUGGGACACCAAGCUGACACAGUGGCUGCACAGCACCCUGGUGGAGUCCCUGAGCCUCGCCAUGCUGGCUGCGUACCUGGACGUGCUGCAGACACUCAAGAGCAAGCUGCCCUCGCUGAUCGACAGGAUGCUGCUGUCCUCCUCUGUGAAGACGGGAGCGGCGGGGGCCGAGGCUCUCUCCCUGCUCCUGAAGAGGCCCUGGGACCCGGCCGUGGGAGUCCUGUCUCACAACAAGCCGAGCAAACUCCCCGGCUCCCCGCUGAUCCUGAUUGCACCUUCUGGGCCCACCAGUCCAGUGCUCUCUACCUCCCGCCGCAUGCGCUUCUGGCAGUCUCAGCUCUCCUGCCUGGGCAAGGUCAUCCCCAUUAACACCCACCUUGUGAAUGGUGGGGCCAACGUGGGCAUCACACAGUGUUUGGAACACAUGAUCGCCGCUGUUAGGGGCAAAGUCCUGGAGGUGCACAGCCAUUUCCCUCACAAACCGAUCGUCUUAGUGGGCUGGAAUGUCGGCGCACUCAUCGCUUGCCACGUCUCCAUAAUGGAGUAUGUGACUGCUGUAGUGUGCCUGGGCUUCCCUUUGCUCACCAUCGCUGGACCCAGGGGGGAUGUGGAUGACCCUUUGUUGGACUUGAAGACCCCCGUGCUGUUUGUGAUUGGUCAGAACGCCCUCCAGUGUGGUUCCGAGGCCAUGGAAGAGUUCAGAGAGAAAGUGCGGGCGGACAACAGCAUGGUGGUGGUGGGCGGAGCUGACGAUAACCUAAGAAUCAACUCAACAAAAAUGAAGUCAGAAGGACUGACGCAGACCAUGGUGGAUCGCUGUAUCCAGGACGAGAUAGCGGACUUCCUGACGGGGGUGCUGACGCGGGCCGACGGGCACGGGCACGGGAGCGGGGAGCCUCGAGACCUGGACACGGAGAAGAAGAAGAAGCCACGGCGGGAGCUGCCCUACGAGCUGGAGAGGACCCGGCCCUCCUCCCCCGCCGUCAGAGUGCCCAUCUCCCCCUCGGGCUCCGAGGAUCUGUCCAGUGUGUGCAGUAGUCCCACCUCCAGCCCCAAGCCUAAAACCUCAGGCCUGUCCCCUGCACAGAAGUCCAGCCUGAUCACAGCCACUCAGCUCCUAAAGACCCACAUGCAACGCUCGGGGACUGUACUCACUCAUAAACAGGCGCAAGCUCAGUUUGCUGCUUUUAUGAAACAAAACAUGCUUGUGAGGAAAAGCCUUCCUCCUGGCAGCCCUUCCUGUGUCUUUGUGCCUGUCUCAGGGGACCAGGCUGAGGGGCUGGAGAGGGAGGACCUGCGGGCGCACCUGAAGCGGAGGCAGACGCCCAGCCCCACCCCUGCCAAGGCCUCCAAGAGAGCCAAGAUUAAAGUCACAAUCCUGUCCCAUGGAGAGGCAGCAGGGGGCGCCAACACCACCACUGCUCAUGAAGUGGGGUCCUCAGGGAAGCCUCUCACAGUGACCAUGGGCCAGACCGUGUCAGGAGCCAAGGAGCUCUCUGGACUGCUCACCACGCAGAGGUCGGGAGGCCUGUCGGAGAUCUCCGGGGGCUCCAGCACUCUGCACGCUCUUCAGAGCCGGAUGGGGUCCGGGUCCUCCUCGCCGGUCCACACGCAGGCCCCCGUGGCUGCCCAAGCAGCUGCCUCGGCCAGCAGCCUGCUCCAGGGCCUCAGCUUCAGCCUCCAGGAGAUCGUCACCAAGUCCCCCAGCCUGCCCUCCCCAGCCAGCCUGGGCAGCACCACACAGGCUCCCGGGGGGAAGAUCCAGAGCCAGGUCCUGGGCAUUGGCAGCGGGAGCAGCACCCUGGUCAGGGCUGUACCGGUGACCUCCACAGGGGGCGUGACCAAGACUACUGCCAUCCACCAGCUGCUCACCAACGGGGGGCUGGCCAAGCUGGCAAGUAGCCUGCCAGGGCUGGCCCACAUCUCCAACCAGGGCGCCGCCGGGCUGAAGGCCCCCACCACCAUCACCGUGACGCUGCGAGGACAGCCCAGCCGGGUCACCACGCUCAGCCCUGCUGGGGCCGGCGUGACGCUGCCCAAGCCCUCCGACGUACAGUGACCACCGCCCGGCCGUUCCAGGAGCCGUUAAGUAGUACCGAAUACCGGAGCGGUGACGCUGACUCUACUUGUCCUUUUGGGAGAAAAUGGCGGCCGUGAGGACUCCCUCCCUCCGGGCUCCAUGCCAGCCCACGCCACCCUCCUCAAACCCCCCCGAGGAUGCUGGGAAACGGGAGGGGCGCUGUGCCAGAGGGCCCUAAACCUGCCCUCCUGCCCCCAGCAUCCGCUCAACUGGAGCAGGGCCUGCUUACGCCUGUAGGAAGGGAGCUUAAUCCCAGGUAUCUCAGAGAUCCAUUCCCACCGCUUCUGAUGCCCCCAGCGUUCACCCACGGGGGCAGAUCUGAGGUGUCGAAAGGACCGCUUUGCUUUCAGGCACUUCCUCAGCUAGCCCCAGAGCCAGCAGCACUAAGGGGAUGCUACCUUGUUAAGUGAUUCUCAGCUAUGGAGUGAAGAUAGUAAAAAUGGAGUAAAGGUAGAUUCAUGGAGGGAGUAUACCAGCUAGAGUGUAAAUGAAGGAUUAUGUUAAUGUCUUUUCAAUGACCAAAUGGCUCUCUGAAUGUGGCGCUCAAAUGGGUGGGCAAGUAGUCUGCAUACAUAAUGUGUAGUUUCUGAAGGUGGGAUAGUGCAACACCAGAGCAUCUGUUUUCUUACAUCACCACAGGAUGUUGUUUUUGUUUUCUUUUUUUUUUACACCUACAUUAAGAAUAUUUCUGUUGAAAAUGUGAGACCUCAGAAUGAAGCCUUAUUGAAAUUCAGUGUCAUCACCUUCAGUUUGUAGUCAUUUUGAAGCAAUAUCAUUGUCAGGCAGGUUUUUCCAAGUUCCGUUAAACGCAAAAAGCUGGCGUUUUGCAUCUUUUUCUUCCAUUUGGCAGCUCAGCUUUAUAAAUGGUUUAUGUGUUUUUGAUUGUGAGCACCGUGGAAUAUAACUUCUGCUGAACAAGUAGAUCAUGUGUUGUUACCGAAUGUGCAAGGAGGUGAGGUUAUUCAAAUUGUACUUGAUAGGCUUGGCUUGAUAAAAAAAUAAAAUUGUCUGUCAAAAAAAAUGCUGGUAUGGAUUGCUUUUCCAAAUAAAUGUUCCAAGUUGA